CGCGGCGCGCCCACAGACCGACGGAAUGCGAGGACGCGCAUCACUCGAGCCUUAAAUCUGCAACAAAUUUGAAGAAACGCUGUCAGGGAUUUUUACCUCUAAACAUAUUUUACAUAUUGUUAUUAUUAUUCUUUUCAAGAAGAACAUUAAGGUCGAUUAUCAUGCCUGUGAAAGUGAAGAUCAACAGCGCUGACGUGAAAUACACCGAGAAACACAUCGAGUCGCGAUACAGUUACAACAGCGCAUCUGUGUAUAAAGACGGAGACACUUACACUGUGACACCCUCCAGUUCUGGAUUCAUCUUCCGCACAGAGAGGAAGGUGCCAAAGCUGGGCGUCAUGCUGGUCGGGUGGGGCGGUAACAACGGGACCACAGUCACGGCAGCUGUGCUGGCCAAUAAACUGGGUCUGACCUGGAAAAACAAGAAUGGUGUUCAGAAACCAAAUUACUUCGGCUCAUUUCUGCAGUCGUCGACCGUGUGUCUGGGCUCCGGACCUGACGGAGACGUCCACGUUCCCUUUCGAGAUCUGCUGCCUAUGGUGCAUCCGAACGACAUCGUAUUUGAUGGUUGGGACAUCUCCUCGUGGGAUCUGGGCAGGGCCAUGGAGCGUGCUCGGGUGCUGGAAUGGAGCCUGCAAGAGAAGCUCCGCCCCCACAUGAGUCAACUCAACCCCAGACCCUCCGUCUACAUCCCAGAAUUCAUUGCGGCGAACCAAGAGAGCAGGGCUGACAAUCUCAUCCCAGGAACCAAAGCAGAACAGGUGGAGCAGAUCCGUCGGGACAUCCGUGACUUCCGACAGAAGAGCCGCGUGGACAAGGUCAUCAUUCUGUGGACCGCCAACACCGAAAGGUUCUGUGACGUCAUUCCUGGACUCAACGACACGUCAGAGAAUCUGCUGAACACCAUACAAAUGGGAGGAGAGGUGUCUCCCUCCACCAUGUUUGCGGUGGCCAGCAUUCUGGAGGGCUGUGCGUUUAUUAACGGAUCACCUCAAAACACGUUUGUGCCCGGAGCGGUGGAGCUGGCCGUCCAACAGGGCGUCUUUAUCGGCGGAGAUGAUUUCAAAUCUGGCCAAACCAAAAUCAAAUCUGUUCUGGUGGACUUUCUGAUCAGUGCUGGUUUGAAGCCGACAUCUAUCGUGAGUUAUAACCACCUCGGAAACAACGAUGGAUUCAAUCUGUCAGCGCCUCAACAGUUCCGAUCUAAAGAGAUAUCAAAGAGUAAUGUAGUGGAUGACAUGGUGCGCUCCAACCCCAUCCUGUACAAGCCCGGAGAAAGACCCGACCACUGCGUGGUCAUUAAAUAUGUGCCGUAUGUGGGUGACAGCAAGCGAGCGAUGGAUGAAUACACCUCUGAGAUAAUGAUGGGAGGAACAAACACCAUCGCUCUACACAACACCUGCGAGGACUCUCUUCUGGCCACUCCGAUUAUUCUGGAUCUGGUGAUCUUGACAGAACUGUGUCAGAGAAUCACAUUCUGCACUCAGGACGAUCCAGUUUUCCAAAGCUUCCACAGUGUUCUGUCUCUGCUCAGUUUCCUCUGUAAAGCUCCGCUUGUACCGCAGGGCGCACCGGUGGUCAACGCUUUCUUUAAACAACGGUCGUGCAUCGAGAAUGUCAUGAGGGCAUGUCUCGGUCUCCCUCCUCAGAAUCACAUGCAGUUAGAACACAAGAUGAAAAGAGCCUUCUUGCAUUCUGGUGAAAUGCGAAAAAAAGAUGCCGUUCUAGAAAGUAUCAAUGGCUGUCGUUCCAUCAAAUGUAUUGAAAUGAACGCCCAUGAAGAAGUGCAGCACACGUCUCACAGAGGCCAUUGAUGCACUGAUAACAAACCAAGAAGUGACAGCUUUAUCCAAGUCGAUAAUUAAAGUCUAUUGCACUGAUUGAUUUUCUUUCUUGAAAAUAAUACUGUGUAUGUGUUUGUUUAGUGUCUAUUGUAUUUCUGGAGUCAUUGUGAGAAAUAAUCCUGUGGUUUUAAUACAAUUAACACUGAGAAAUAUUUUAGUAUUUGCAAUUGAAAACUAUGGCAAAAGUUCUAGAUACUAUAGUGUUUUGGAACACUAUUACAGUAUCAACUACAAUCUGUUAACAACUAAUACUUAGUGGUCCACAGAUAUGAGUUUUUUUAAUUGGCUGAUGCCGAUAUUAAGAAAGCAAUGUGGUGGAAGUAAUUAUAGUAAAAAAAGAAACAUACAAGAUAUUAGUGAAACUAAAUUAACAUUUGUUUUGCAUAAUAUUUAUGCAAUAUUCUCUUAAUUGAACAACAUUUAAUCAGUGUUGGGUAAAUUACUAAUAAAAAAGUAAUGAAUUACUAGUUACUAAUGACAUAUUCAAUAGUGUCAUUAGAUUACUGUACAAAUGACUCUCGCCAAAGAGUAUUAAGUAAUUUAUUACUAAUGACUGUCUAUAUCCUACAUCAACUUGAGUUGUUAAGUGGUUCAAGGAUAUGACAUAAAACGGCUAUUUUAAUUCUUAAAAUAAGAGUAAUCCCUCACUCUACUUUUUUUAGGGAAAGGUAAUUCAAUUACAGUAACUAAUUACGUAGUAACUAGUUACACCCAACACUGCAUUUAAUGAGGUAACCAUUCAAUAUUGACAGCGGCAGCUCUUUUUGUUUAACCGUUUCACCGCUUCUUUAAUCCAACAGAAAAUUCAAGAUAAAAUCUAUAUUUAAUUACAAAAAACUGAUCGUAAUUUGUUUAUAUUAAUAUACAGUUACUGUACAAAUACAUCGCAUGAAGUUAUUUUCCUCAGUAUGUUUCACUUUUAAAAACAACCCUUGACUAAUAAAGAUUUGUGUCCAUUUU